CUAUUGUUCUGCCCCUAAUAUAUUAUAGACCACAAUUUAGAGACAUAAUCGGCUUUCGUAAAUUUCUACGAAUUUCUUAUACUUCUGGUUCUUUAGUCCGUGAAGUUAACCUGUCACAUUUACCUCACCGGUGGACCGCCAUCACAGACCCUGAUAUUAUUAACCUAGUUAACCUUUGUCCAAACCUAACCUUUCUCGAUAUUAACCGAUGCUCUGCAUUACAAGAUUCAACGUUGGCUCAUAUUGCAAGCAUUUUAGACAAAGGAUUUAUUGCUUUAGCUCGUUCUUGCAAAGUACUUACUUCUUUGGACUUUUCUUUUACUGACAUAACUGACAAAGCUCUUUCUGAGAUCGCUGUUACAUGUCCAACAAUAAGGUGGAUAAAUUUAAUAAACUGUGAUGGAGUGACAGAAUUGAGCUUAGAUGAAUUAAAAAAAUGGUGCAAAGAAUUAAAAGUUUUACGAUUAGAUGGUUGCUAUGGAAUUUUAGGAGAA